AUGCUUUGUGAUAUUAUGUACUCGGACGAGUACAAGGAGGUGAUGUCCCAGCUACGCACUUUCCUUGAACAAAAGACAUACAACGAGGAAGCUUUGGCAUUGACUGAAACCGCAUUGGACCUUCUUGCAGCCCAUUACACUACAUGGCAGUAUAGGUUUACAAUUGUGAAGGAGAUCAAGAGGGACUUGUUUGAGGAGCUCGAUUGGUGUGAGCUUGUGGCGUUGGAGAACGAAAAGAACUACCAGAUAUGGCACUACAGACAGUUGAUCAUCGAGGAGAUCUUGAAGGAUGAGAAAGCCGCUGAAAAGUUUAAUUACCAUAGGGAAUACCCUAUUCUCAGGGCUAUGCUUGAGGAGGAUAGCAAAAACCAUCAUGUUUGGUCGUAUAGAAAGUGGUUUGUGGAGAGGUUCUCGUUGCAUGAGACAGUUGAAGAGUUGCAGUUUGUGGAGAGCAUGCUAGACACCGAUUUGCGUAACAACAGCGCAUGGACACACAGGUUUUAUCUUAAGUUUGGCCAUGUCGAUUGGAAGAAGAACGUGGAGCCUGAGAUCGAGUAUGCUAAGCUGAAGAUUGAAGUAUGUCCUCAGAACCCGUCUAGUUGGAACUACUUGAGAGGUAUCUACAGAAAAGCUGGGAGAGACGUCGAAGAAUUGAGACUGUUCUGUGCUCCUUUGGCAGACACAAAGGCCAAGGAGAUCAAAAGCUCUUUUGCGUUGGAGACGUUGGGGGACAUUGAGAGGAGUGCUGGUGAUAAGGACGCUGCGUCGGAGUGCUACCGCCUUUUGGCAGAAGUCUACGACCCAAUCAGGAAGAACUACUGGGAGUAUAUCCAGAAGAAGCUUUAA